UCAGCCCCUCUAACAGCAGUCCUCCUGAAUUCCCCCCACCGCGACCUAUGCCUAGACAUCCCUGGCAGCGAUCGGCCAGUUGCCGCGAGUUGUACGCGUCUAGCUUCGAGGAUUCGGGGAAAGCGCGUUCGAAGGACGAGAAGGUCCUCCUCGCCGCCGCUGACGUCGGCGUCGGCGUCGGCGGCGACGACGACGUGGUGUUGGAACCGUUCCGUUUGCCGUCUCAGGGCGAGCUGGACAACCCGGUGACGCGGUACGACGAGAGCAAUCGUUCGUACAGCGCGGCCAGCUCGAAGCUGCCAUCCCUCGAUCACGACUCGGUGCCGGAGCGCGUCUAUAGUAGCUCGUAUCCGGGCACCUCGUCGCUGUCCACCGAGUCUGGCCACGAGGAGUCCGGCCCCGCGGGCGACCUCUCUCACGACGACCUCUCGCACGACUCGUACGAGCUGCUGGAACGCGAGCACGAAUUUGAAUACCCGGAGUCGUACUCGAGUCCGCGUGACGACGACGACGACGACGAGGAGGAGGAGGAGGACGAGGAGGAGGACGACGAAGGCGAGGGGGAGGAGGAGGAGGAGGAGGAGAACGAGCCACUGUCCGACAGGAGCGACGAAGGGAUCGAGCACGAGAUGUUCCAAAUGGACUCGGAGACCGAUUCCUUCGUCAAGCAUCGUUCGAUCAAGUCGACGGACAAGCAUCAGUUCAAAUCCGUGCUCGCGGACCUGAAGAACGCCAGGGCAAAGUCCAUCGAUCGGUACGCGAAACCGGUGACGAGGGACGGUGAGAGCAACAGCUACAUCACCGUCGAGUCUCGUAUACAACGGUCGAGCACGCAGAUUGAACGAAAGUUUGAGACGCGGCACGCCAAUUCGAUCGAUCAACAACAACAACAACAACAACAACAACAACAACAACAACAACAGCAGUCGAAACUUUCUCUGCCGCAUCAGGACUCUGGUAGGAAAGACCCGGUCGUGUUGCAAGUGCAAAAGCAGAAAAUGUCCGUGCUGAACGAGCUGAAGAACUUCAAGCCCAAGUACAAGAUCACGCACGUCGACUCGGAGAUACUGCGCGACGAGGGUAUCAUGCGGCCCAAGUCUCGCAUAGACGACGACCUGAGCCCGGUCGACGCGACCAGUCGAACGAUCGCCGACCAGAGAGGUAGAACGGUGAGGGCGCGCAGCAUCGCCAGCCUCGAGGAUCACGUGUCGCGCGCGUACGUUGAAACAGGUAGCUUGGGUCGCAGUCACAAAGGUGGUGGUGGUGGUGGUGUUGUAGGUAGGGAUCGGCGAUCGAGCCGCGAGUGCAGCAGCAGCAGCGAGGCGAAACAGCAGCUGGAGAAGACGUUGUCGAAGUUGCAAGAGAAGGAGAGGAAGCACUCGAGUGGUGGCAAGAGGCGGUCGAUGGAGCGAAUGGACUCGCGUAGCCGUCGCAGCGUCGACGCGAGGGAGCUACGGAGGAGCAUCGAGAGGCUGGACGUUCGCGAGAGGAGCUACGAGCGACUGGACUCGAAGGAGAGGCUCGCGUCACGUGGCCACGAUCCGUACGAGCUGCGGGGCAAGAGUUUCGAGCGUUUGGAUUACCAGGGGCUGCGCGGCAGCGCCGAGUACGUGAACAGAAGCCCAAAGGAGAGAAUAACAACGACGACGACGACGACGGGGGAGAGGCACCGAGAACGGCGAGAGCGAAGCGUGGAGCGGUUAGACUCGAAGGAAAAGAGAAGAAGCCCGGGCAGUCGGGGCAACUCGAUCGACUACAAUCAGAGGCACACGCUGGAGCGUUUCGACUCGGGGAACAGAAGCCCGUUCGAGCGGCUGAGCGCCGGCAGCCGGGAGCAGCAGCAUCGCGGCAAGAGCGUCGAGAGGCUGGACUCGCAGGAGAGGCCGACCUUCGACUUCGACCCGGUCACCAUCGAGCGGCUCAAGUCGCUGGACAGGUGCAACAGCCUCGUGAAGGAGGACGGCGGCAAAGUGACGCACGAGAGAAAGUCCGAGGCGAGGAAGAGGCACGUCGAACGACUCGACUCGCGCGAGUCGCGAAAGUAUUUGGACAGAUUUGAUUCGCGAGUAGGAGGAGGAGGAGGAGGUGGAGGAGAAGGUGGCGGAGGUCGAAGCGCGGAGAGCUUGGAACAGGAGACGACGACGACGACGACGACGACGACGACGACGUACGACUGGAGGAGAAGCAGCGUAGAGAGGAUCGAGUCGAGAAAGAGCAAGGGGCGAACAGAGAGGGGGAGCAAGUCUGAGGAGAAGCCGCGCGAGAGGGACGAUUGGAGGAGCUUGGAGAAGGCGCGCAAGGACGAGGAGAAACGGGAGAGGGAACGACAGGCGAGGCUGUCGACCGAGUCGAGAAACGACACGGUGAUCGGCGUGCCGAUCGAGAUGGAAAGUUUCAAGGCAAAGGCAACGUUCACCGAGUACGAGCCGAAGAUCGUUGGCGGCGUGGUGUUGAGUUUCGACGACACGAUACCGGGCCACACGCCGGUCGAGCGUACAAAGAGCGACCCGAACCCCGCGCGACAGAGGCUAGGCUCCAACAACAAACGGCACAUACUGAUGCAUCAAAAGUCCAUCGACCUGACGCCGGCGGAUUCCGGGGACGAGGAGCCGUUCUCGGACAGCGCCGCCGUUCACAACAAGACGACCAACGUCGAGAUACCGUACACGUUGCACAAGCGGCACGUGAUGAACGGUACCGCGUCGGACGAGAAGUCCGAGUCGGACAGCGGGAAGACGGUGUCGAGGAAGAGCGCCGCCGUGCGUGAUCUGCCGAGGUUGCCUCUGAAGAUGAUCACCGACAUCACCUGCUUCGAUCUGUCCAAGCUGACCUCGGUGGAGAGCAGCAAGGCGCCGCCGCCACCUGUCCAGAGCAAGCUCUCGCCGGACAAGCCCAAGAGCGCCACGUACACGCCCACGCGGCCCAAGUCGAUCCUCUCGAGCCCGUCCGACAAACCCAAGAGCAUCCUCAGCCCUACGUCCAAGUUGUCGCCGACCGACGCGAAGAACGUGGUCUGCGCUUUCUCGCCGACCAACAGAAGUCCAUCCAAAGGCGGCACGACGAAGGCGGCACCGUCGCCGGACAAACCGUCGUCGUUGAGAUCGGCGUCGUUCGACAAGUCCUCGAAACAGCAGCAGCAGUUGUCGCCGAUCGAGCCGAACGUGACGAUAGUCUCGUCGACGGAGAGGCGCUCGCCAAAGGUGUCGCCCACCGAUCCGAACGUGACGAUCGUCUCGGUGAUACAAAAGAGGAGGCUGUCACCGUCGUCGACCGAGCCGUCCAAGAGUUUGGCGGCCGUUGCUCAACGAUCGCUCGACUCGAAGACGACCGCAACAACGGCCGCCAAGCCGCUCAACUUUGCCGACGUGGUCGGCAUGGAGAUGAAGAUGAAGCUCGAGCGGCGAAAGGCCAAGUCCGAGAUGGAGAAGGACAGCCUGAAGACGCCGGACGACAGCUUGGAGAAGCAAGACAGCAUUGAGAAGAUACCGUUGCCAGAGAUACCGAGACCGAUCGUCACCGGGCUGGAGCCGGACGAAACGAACGUCGACGGCAAAGGGGAGAGGCAGGAGGAGACGACGACGACGAGCGCUCGUGCCGUCGAGUUGGAGAAGAAGCCGAGCGUACCGGAGAAGCCAAAGACGUUGGAGAAGCCGAGCAUACCGGAGAAGACGAAACGUAUCCUCGAGAAGAUCGAGUCGAAGUUCACGGAGGCGAGGAUCGCCAAGCCGAGGAUCAUCGACACCGGGUUCGACGACUUUGUGGAACCGGUGGCGGACUUGCCGUUGGACGAGGUGCCGGUGAAGCCGGCGCUGGAGCUGGACAGCCUCAAGGUCCCCGAGUUCGUUCCGUUCAUGUCGAGGCCGCACGGCGAGUCACUACGAUCCAAGUCGUUGUCGCUGGCCGAGGAGAAAGCGUCGAUCGACACCCUCCUCUCGCCGGAGGUGGAGAACAAGCACUUUGUGCCGGACGUGUCGCCGAAGAGGUCGAAGAAGCCGAAGCCGGAGCCGAAGAAGGACUUUAAGAAACAGUCCAAGUCGUUGGAGGGCGACAAGCCGCCGCCGUUGAAGAAGACGAGCUCGAAGGAGUCGCGCGCGUCCACGCCGAGCUCCAAGAUCGACAAGUCGAAGUUGAAAUUGGGCGAGAUGCCGCAGGAGAUCAUCAUCAUCGAUUCGACGGACGUGGCGCCGGAGGUGAGUAUCGUUCAGAAAGGUCGAUCCAAGUCGAUCACCCGGUUGCCUGACAAGUCGAAGGAGGACAGGGAGGAGAGCAAGGCGACCGGUGGAGGAACUACUCGAGCGAAGUCUGCCUCGGUCGACGACGAUCUGAUGAAGAGCGCGGCGACGGGUGGUGGAAAGAGCGACAAGGCGAGGCCAAAGUCGCUGGGCAUUUCCAAGAGUCUGUCGGGCACUAGCAGCGCGGAGAGGAAGGACUCGGCGGAGAAGAUCUCGCCGAAGAGAACGACGAGGAUCGGCGGCGGCGGCGGCGGCGGCGGUUCGAAGAGCGAGGCGAAAUCGACGGAGGUGAAGUCGCCGACGUCGAUCGCGGAGGAAGCUCCCAAGUUUCAACAACAGGAGUCGCAGAAACUCGCGUCGCGCGCCAAGGUGGUGGACGCUGAAAAGUCGAAAUCGGAGAACGUUGUUGAGAUCGUUGAUUCGCAGCAGCAGCAGCAGCAGACGUCUCAGUCGGAGGCAAGGCCGCAGGAUUUGCAGCAAUCGCCGCCGGUGGUGUUGCGUAAACCGGGGCAGACGCCGGUUCUGUUCGCCCGUGCGCGUCUCGGCCUCUCGGAGGGUAGCGGGAUCGGCGCGUUGCAGAGGCAAGGGGCGACGCAGUCGCCGACCUCUCAGAGGCGAGCCAAGUCGUUGGACGCCCCGGUGAUCGCGGUGCACAAGCUUCCACCGGCGAACGCCUUCUCCAGCAAGGACGACACGGUCGACGUGUCGGAGAACCCGGACGAGCCGACCGAGGCGGCGAUUCUCCCUGGCGCUGGCGUCCACCUCACCUCUGCUCCGCCCGCGAAACCGCAAUCCAUUCAGAUCGAAGCGUCGCCGAAUCACAGAUCGGACAGCACCGAUCACACAACCGUGCCGGAGAUCUUCACCGAUUCUUUGUCAGUCACCGAGACAUCCGCCCAGUAUCUCGAGUCGCCGUUGACCGAGUCGAACGAGAUCAUCACGGCGAGCGUCGACCUUAUCCCGUACGAGAGGGACGCGUUGCGACUGGAGGUAGCGGCGAGCAACGGGACAAAGGACGAUCAGAGGACGAUGCUGGAGUCGGUGAGGGUGGACGAGAAGACAAAGUUCAUCGAUCAGAGUUCCGUGGAGUCUGGCGCCGAGCUGGAGAUGGCUGCUACUAUCGCGUCGGACAAGGCCGUUGUCAGAGCGGAGAAGAUCGAUCUGCUGAGCGUCACCAAGACCAUCGACGGCUCUGUUGUACCGCGACAGUACGUCGAGUCGGAGCGCGUCGACGAGUCGGUUGAAAUCGUGGCGGUGGCGGAGCCGCCGCUGGACGAUUCGAAGAAAUCGACGGAGAGAGACGACCUUCCCGACGUAACGGUGACGGGCGUUGCGCGAGAUGAUGACGGCGAGAAGACGACGAGCGGUUUGCCAAUCAUCAGAUCGGCCAUCGACUUUGACGACGGACAGGACAACAUGGUCAAGUCACCGAUUCAGAUCUCCAUAGAGGAGUGUUCGGACGACGACGACGACGACGACGACGUCGAAGAGGAUGAUGAGGACGAGGACGAGGAGGAGGAGGAGGAGGUAGGUCACAGCGGAGAGGAACGAGAAGAAACGCGAGAGCACGAAGGGGACGAGAAUCGGCCAACGUUGGACUCGGCGGACACCAGCGAGGACACGCUGGACGCGCUGGACACGCAGGUUCACAUGAGAGGCAUCGACAGCGAGCUGAGCUCGCCGGACUACGGCGUCGACAAGAUGGACGAGAAGACGCUGGUGGAGGUGGAGUUGACGCCCGAGUAUCUGGAAAUGAGGCGAGAGGACGAGGACGAGGGCGAGGAACUGUUGGCCGAGGAGCUGCCAAAAGACGAGGAGGAGACGGUCGCGGGAGAGACAAUGACGACAACAACGACGACAACGACGACGACGACGACGACGAGAGAUCCAGCCGCGGAGGAAGCGUCGACGAGCUCGAAUCGUUUGUCGAUCGAGAAGAAGCUACGAUUGAGCAGCGAACGUUCGAGAAGCGAGGAGACUGCCACGUGGACGCCGGACCGCGAGGAUCCAGAGUCCAGUUCCUGCUCGAUUGCUCGACCUCUGGGCAUCGGCCAGAUCCAGCCGAUAGUCGAUCGUCGAGAAGUAUCGUCAUCGGCGAGGGACGAGGAGAACAGCAACGGUUCCCAAACGACGGGCCUCAGGCCCGAGUUGAGCUCCACGUGGAAGUCGUUCCCUCUGGAGAGUUCCGGUAGCUCGAGCAUCGAGGACGGCUGGACGGGCCCGGACGAGAACAACGCCGCUCAGUCACAUUCCGAGGACAGCAACGGGCAGAACGAGGACAGCUUUCAGGAGGAUCUCGCCGACUUUCCCGGCAGCUUCAUCUACCCGAUCGGCCCCGAUAUCCUCACCAGCUGCGGCACGUUCGCGCUCACGCGCACGCUGUCCAGGAUAUCCGAGAGGUCCACCACGUCCGAGCAGGACAAGAGCGACUUGGAGGACUCGUUCAAGCCCAGCUCGAGGUCGCCAAGCUUGGACGACGAGUCGCUGAUAUCCAGCGAUCAUCAGCUGUCUUUGUCGUCCGAUCCGCCGUCCGGCACGCCUCUGCCCUCCAUCUCCGAGGAUCGGCGCACCUCCUCCGAGCUGCCCGACAUCCCGAUAGACGUGGUGAGCGAGCAGGACGAGGAGGCCGCCAAGUCGCCCAAGUCGCACGGCAGGCCGAGGCUGCAGGAACAGAGCUCGGAGGAUUGGCCGUCGCCGCCUAGCUCGCCGGCGUUCGACCAACCGGUGGUGAGUCACGUGGAGACCUUCUACAUGGAGAUCAGGCCGGAGGAGGCGGUGAAGGUGACGGUGACGGACAGCACCGAGACGGCGAGCCACGUGCCGGACCACGACAGCGACUCCAGCGACGAGAAUCGAACGCUCCACGACGACCUUCACUCCACGUUCCUCGAGGACGGUCACAGUUCCACGUCCGCGACCACCGUCGACGGCACCGUGAAGAUCGCCGUCAAGCCAAAGUCCAACUCGCACGUGACCGGCUCGUCGCACAGCGAGGACACCUCGAUGGGCCUCUCGAUGUCGGAAUGGUCGAGCUCGAACAACACGGUGCGCCAGUUUUGCCAGUACUCUGGUACCAAGUCGGACGACAACUCGCUGGCGGAGCUCGGUGCAUCCAUCUCCGACUGGUCGGGCAGCACCACCGUCGUCCCGCAGCAGCACUACUCGGUCGAGAAGAGUCAGAGCGACACCACCACCUCGGACAAGAGCGUGACCAGCAUGAGACCAAACUCCAAGUGCAGAACGGGGGCCGGUGAAGCGCACUCGCCGCCCUUGCCGUCGUUGCCACCUUUGCCACCGCCUCCUCCACCGCCACCAACGACGACCACGACGAUGAUUUCGCCUCCUCUCACGCCACCACGUUCCUCUUCCGUCUCCGUCUCCGUCUCCGUCUCCGUUUCCGUUUCUGGGAACGUGGAACGACGCAGCUCGCCGUUCGACGACGAAGCAUCGAACGUCCGUACCGCGUACAUCUCGCCACCUCGGAUCACUCUUCAGAACGAGUUCGACGAGACGAUCGACGACGAGCUGCGGCUAAUGUCGGACGACGGCGACGCGCCGCUGCCGAUCCUCGAGGAGGAGGAGGAGCUCGACGAGCAGGAGAUGGGAGCGUCGAUGGCCAGGCAACGACGAACGAUCGCCGGCGAUCGCCUUUACGACAACGUUCCAGCGAUCAAGUACUCGGGCGGCGAUCAGAUCCGAGUGAUGGAGGUCGGCCGAGGUGGGGACAGUUCCGAGGACAUGCACGAGAGGUACGCGGACCUGGCGCUCGGCGCACGGCCGACGGCUGACGACGACUGGUCGUUCGAGGAGGAACGGGAGGAAACGAUGAAGGCCGCGGUGAAGGAGAAGGUGGUGGCGACAAGGUCCACAACCGGCAAGUUCGAACGUGGUUUCUCCGAACCGGCAGAGGCGGCCAGGUACCACGAGACGAGAUCCACCGAGCGACCGGUGCUCGUGCCAAUCAGAGCCAAGUCGACGCCGUACUACUCGACGACCAGCCUAAGCGGCGAGUCCACCACCUCCAGCCCGCCGAUGCAGAUCAGAACGCAGAUUCGUACGAAGACGAUGCCGUACUCGUCGAGCAAAAGCCCGCAGAGCGAGGGCGACACGUCGUCCAGCAUGGACAGCCCCGUUCACACGCCCGUUCACGGCCAGCAGAUGGCCGUGCGUCGAAGACGACGGGAGAACAUGAAGAGGCGUCACCGAGUGGUGGUGGAUCUCGAGGUGAAGGACGGACAGAUCAUCUCGAGCACCGACUCGAGCUUCGACGUCGCCACCAUUCCGCCGCCCUUGUUGACCGAACGUUCGAGGUCUGACGACGACGACGACGACGACGAUGAUGAUGAUGAUCACGACAAUGGUGAUGGUGAUGACGAUGAUGAUGAUGAGGAGGAGGAGGAUGAUGAGGACGACGACGACGACGAGUUCUCGGAGCGGCAGCAAAACCGACGACGAAGACGACGGCAACAACAACAACAACAACAACAACAACAGCAGCAGCAACAACAACAACAGCAACGUUGACGCGAUUAGAGCGCUUUGAAAAUUCAAGCGCGAGGAGGAGAUGGAAUGAUAUCAUACCGAGGUAGAUAGACAGGAAAAGUCAAAGAAACAGGAGAAUAAUAAUUCCGUGUUCGCCAACGAAAAGUCUUCGCCUGAGAAACGUACCAAUGGUACGAUGGAUACCAGCAACGCG